AAAAUAUCAAACCUCCUCUUGUUGUGAGAAAAGAGUAGAGCUAACUCAACUUCCAAGUCCUUAAAACUACCGAAAAUGGCUGCCUCUGUUAUACUCUCUACUUCUUUCUCUCCAACCCAUCAUCCAUCCUUGUUCUCUUCCUCUUCUUCCAUUUCAUUAUCCAAACCAAAAUCCACUUCUCAACGCUUCUCAUCUCCAAAUUCAAAACCACUAUCUUUCUCUCACAGGUUCAACUUCAGCUUCGUUACCCAUUCUUCAGUAAAGGAAAAAGACACCACCUUCGUGGGAGAGGAUUCCGCAGCUUUUAAUUUGACUGAACAGAAAAUAACUUCAUGGAUUUAUUUCGCCGCAAUUUUGGGAGUUGUUCUCUUCAUUCUAAAUGUGGUAUGGAUUGAUAACUCAACUGGCUUUGGUAAAGCUUUCGUCGAUGCUGUUUCAGGGCUCUCCGAUUCUCACGAGGUGGUAAUGUUGAUCCUAAUUCUCGUAUUUGCCGUUUUCCACAGUGGCAUGGCUAGCCUACGGAAUACCGGUGAGAAAAUCAUUGGUGAAAGAGCUUUUCGGGUUAUUUUUGCAGGGAUAUCACUACCUUUAGCUGUCACCACUAUUGUGUAUUUUAUUAAUCACAGAUAUGAUGGAAUUCAACUCUGGCAGCUCCAGAGUACUCCGGGGAUUCAUCAACUUCUGUGGCUUUCCAAUUUCAUCUCUUUCUUUUUCCUAUAUCCUUCAACCUUUAAUCUUUUAGAAAUUGCAGCAGUUGACAAGCCUAAAAUACAUCUAUAUGAAACUGGCAUCAUAAGAAUAACCAGGCAUCCACAGAUGGUUGGUCAGGUAAUCUGGUGUCUUGCUCAUACAAUUUGGAUUGGAAAUUCUGUGGCUGUUGCAGCUUCAAUUGGCUUAAUUUCACAUCAUCUAUUUGGUGCUUGGAAUGGAGAUAGGCGAUUAGCUCAAAGACAUGGAGAAGAUUUUGAGAUCGUUAAGCGUCGAACAAGUAUUGUCCCUUUUGCAGCAAUCCUUGAUGGCCGUCAAAGAUUACCUGCGGAUUUCUACAAGGAGUUUAUUAGAUUACCAUACUUAGUAAUUACUGCAUUAACACUAGGAGCUUACUUUGCACACCCUCUUAUGCAGACUGCUAGUUUCAACCUCCAUUGGUAGGUGGAAAGAAAAUAUCAUAUCGUUUUCAUGUAAAAUCUAAUGUAUAGUAGCGAAACGCGAAUGCCACGUGCUGUAGUGUGCAUCAAUAGACAGGGUCACAGGGAUGAAAGAUCAAAGAAAAUAAAAUAGAAAUGAUUGGAAAAAUAGACCAAAUUGAUAUUUCAUAACUAAAUUAUAACUUAAAUUGGUUGCUGAUGUGUAACUAAACAA